AACGCGCAGGGAUUGAUAAGUCGCCGUAAUUGAUUCUCCUUGCAACAAGGUCAUUCGCACGCGUACGCCGGUGCGUGCGCGCCGCAUAACUGAGGAGCGCACGCACCCAUGUCGAGCGCCAGCUGUGCCCCAGUCUGGAGCUGGCAGCGAGCCACUGGGCCUUUUCCACGGGGGUACUUAAUGUCCACGGGCCCGGAUUCCCUGCUGGAAUCUCUCAACCAGCGUUUGGAGCUGACAUGGUUUAGGAUUAGUCGCUUGGUUUGCUGGUGUCGCUGUGAAUUGGAAUAGUUUAAUAAACAAAACCAGAGAAGGUUCUUCAGACAAACUACUAAUGAAGACGACAGUGCAGCGUUUCCAUCAACACCUCCCCCCUCAUCAUCAUCAUAGUUUACGUCCCCGCGUGUAAAAUAGCUGCUGCUUCUCAUGAAGUGGCCACUGUUUGUUCUUUUGUUUCCACGCGAGGCGCUGACACGCGUCAUCUGCACGCGAGCAGCAGCUCCUGGGUGAAGGAAGUCGUCCUCGGCCGCACGUGCUCAUGGGAAAAGAGCUGGAGAUCACCUCCCGGCCUGUUUUAACGCCAGGGUUCACAACCUGGAGUAUCAGAACACACAUUUGAUUUAAGCUUUUAUAGAUCGAAGGGAAAAGCUGAUACUGAACACGAGACCCGCGUUUCACCUGUUGAGAAUCGAAUCCAAGUGCGUUACAGGCAACAUGACGUGAAUUCAUCUUCGCUGCAUUAGUCGUUAUCCCUCUCCGGUCUGUGUUUUUGACGGUAAACGUGGGCCUCCCGGUGCCGAUUACCGGCGCUGCCAGAUGAUCGGUGCGCGGUGGAGGUCCCGUGGGACGCUGAGCACGUGGUCUCGGCUGCCACGAGACGUCAGCGGCAGAUGGCACGGGUACCCGCUGCUGGCAUGGGUGUCAGUCCUCAAAGAGAGGAGGAAGGGAGGAGAGGCUGAGCGAGGGAGCGAGAGGAAGAGCGCAGUCCACGCAGACGGAGAACAGGCUGCGCAGCUUCGAGCACCUUCCUCCAACUCGCUGGUUUUGAGGGGAGGAAGCUGCGGCGCGGACUCAGCGGAGAGAUUUGGGACCAUGCGAGGUGCGCACUGAGCGGAGGAUUCCUCCACAUGGUAAUUAACUGACAGCCCUAAAAGACGCCGGGCUCUGGGGUGAUUUUGAUCUUUUCGCCCUGGUCUCGCAGGAAAUAUGUUGACACUGCCUUUCGAGGAGCCUCAUAUCAUGUGUGAGCCGCGGUUCGGCGCUAAUUAUCCCCGUGAAAGCCUUGCGCAGAGCCUGGAGCAGGAGCGACAGCGCAACCCGGACGGGUCCAGCUCGGACAUGAGGGAGGUCGAGGACGACGUGUCCGACAGGGACGAGGACGAGAGGGAGGACGAUCCGGACGAGGACGGGCUCCCGAAGAAGCGCGGGCCGCGGAAAAAGAAGCCCGGCAAGGAGCAGAUGGACCGGGCCAAACUCCGGCGCCAGGAGGCCAACGCCCGAGAGCGCAGCCGCAUGCACGGCUUGAACGCGGCGCUGGAGAGUCUGCGCAAAGUUGUGCCAUGCUACUCCAAAACGCAAAAGCUCUCCAAGAUCGAGACGCUCCGACUGGCCAAAAAUUACAUCUGGGCCCUUUCGGAGACGCUGAGCGCCGGGAAGAGACCGGACCUCCUCGCCUUCGUGCAGACGCUGUGUAAAGGAUUAUCUCAGCCCACCACCAACUUGGUGGCGGGUUGUCUGCAGCUCAACGCCAGGAACUUCCUCACAGACCACAACGGGGAGGUCAUGUUCUCGGGCCGAUCGCCGUAUGACGCCAUGUACUCGUACCCCGGCGCAGACGUCAGCACGCCGCCCGGCCACAGCGGCGCGAGCCUGGAGGGCAGCGCCAAACCCUUCCGCCACUACAGCUACGGCGGCGCCUACGAGCCCUACUACGAGAACCCGUCCCCGGAGGGCGGCAGCCCGCAUUUCGACGGCCAGCUCAGCCCCCCGAUGAACUUUAACGGGAUUUUCUCCCUGAAACACGACGACCCACCGGACUACGGCAAAGGCGGCCACUACGGCGUGCGCUACUGCAGUGCGCCAGGGCGCAGCGCUCUGGCGCACAACUCCAUGUACCGAGUGUCUCCAGAGGCCCGUUUCCCCUACGACCUCCACGUCCGCAGCCAGUCCUUCCAAGCACAAGGGGAAGUCAAUGGCUCUUUCCACAAUUAAUCAAUCAGCUGGACAGAGUUCAAGUUUCAGAAGCGAUGCACCCCCCGCCGCCCCCCGCAGAGGUCGUGAGUGGAUCGAACCGGGCUUCAGACGAGCCGAGGCGCUGCAAAAAUGUCCCUUUGAACACGUAAUGUUGGGUUAAUUGUUCAGUCCAAAUUUUUGUUUUUUUAAAUAUGUAAAUUAUAUAAAAACCUGCAACUUAGAUAUAAUAAUUUCACUGCUCUCAAUUCUGGCUCCACGAAAUGUUUGUCCGUGUGAAGCAGAAAAACGCCGAAUCAAAUCGGGCGCUUUCAGUUUAAAGGUUGUUGGUUCGUUUGAACAAAAUUAAGAUGUUGAGGUUUAUUGUCGCACUUUCGUUUCCACAGUAUCUCAGACGCAUAGAAUAAAUCGGUAGGAACAGAUGUCUGCAGUUACUACGCAUUUCUGUAUUUGUGAAACCGGGGUAUAUUAAAGCUGACACGGAAUCAGCUACACGCAACGUCAGGGGACGAGGGAUCUCCAAAAGCUCUGCUUCAUCAGGGAAGUUUGCUGAAACCAGAUUGGAGUUCAGAUCCAGCCUGUUAGCAAUAAAAUGUCCGUUGAGCUAUGCAAGGCAGCCGAAUGCAAUGUUCGCUUAGGAAACCCACGUGUGCGUUUCCUCUCACGAGGCGUUUGUCGCCGUGUAAUUAAAUUAAUGGAAGUGAGGCUAAAUUAAAUAUUAAGUUAAUUAUUUAAAAACAAGUCAGUUAAAAAAUGCAUGUGUUUGGUUGAUGUCAUCUGAGGCUGUGGGGAAACGCUCAAAUAAAUGCAUUGGUGUCUGGAGAAAACAAUGCUCACGAGGAGAAUGUAAAUUAUUGCUGUAUUUAUUUAUUUAAGCUUAUUUAUUAUAAGUCCGUCGAUUUGAACGUGGAUAAUAUAUUAUAAAAUAUUGUAAACGCAGUGUUACCCUUUCUGUGAAUCCCAUCCGUCCCAAGUUUGUUUCAGUUGCGUUGUUGUAUUUCGCCACCGCUGAAAGUCAAACACUGGAAGGAAAAUCACUUUGGAGCGACACGAAUCCAUCGACAUGCCUUAAAACGGACGACGACCAUCAAUAUGCAACGAAGUGGAAGUUGGGGAUAGUUUGAUGUGAACUUUUUACACUUUCUGGCUCCUGCUGAGCAGCAACUGUGAUGCACUUCAUGUAUUUCUGCACAACGUUGGUGACCUUGCUCUCAUAAAUCCUGUUGGUUUUGUAACUUUUA